AUGUCCCUGGCCGACUUCAAUUGGUUAGCGGAUGAAUUGUGUGGCGAACUCCAGCAAGACUUGCUGGGACAAGGAGUGCCGUUAUCCGUAGAAGCUCAAGUAGCCGUAGGACUAUACCGUCUGGGUCAUGGAACUAGCUACGUGACAAUUGGCCACGUCUUCAAAGUUGGCAAGGAGACGGCUGACAAAGCCUCGGGUCGGUACCCACCACUGGAUAGGACCAAUCAGUGGGAUGUGAUCAAGGAGAGUUUUGAAUGCUGUUGCGGAAUUCCCAAAGUGGUCAGGGCCAUUUAUGGGACUCAUGUCCCAAUUGUGAUACCCCCAAACAAUGAAUGGAAGGGUUAUAUUAACAGAAAGAGUUGGGCCUCCAUCUCUAUACAGUAA